AUGCUCUCAAUAUUGGUCACCGUGGGCUUUCUCUGCACAGCCACCGCCAUUGCCGAAGUAAUGGAAGUGACUCAGCCAGCAAUGGUGCUGGCCAACAGGCAAGGAGUCGCCAGCUUGGUGUGUAAAUACAAGCACAUUGGGAAUGCAACAGAAAUUCGAGUGACUCUUCUUAAACAGAUGGGUGACAGGUUCACUGAAAUUUGUGCUUCAACCUACACAAUGGAAUUUAAAAUGUUCAGCGUGGAAGAGGUCAUUCAGUGCCACGUGAGUCCUGGCCGAAACAACGUGACCCUCACCCUCACUGGUCUUCAAGUUAAUGAUACUGGUCUUUACAUCUGCAAGAUGGAGAGGAUGUACCCCCCACCCUAUUUGAUGAACAAGGGAAAUGGGACUCAUCUCUAUGUCAUUGAUCCAGAACCUUGUCCAGGCACUGCCAUAUAUCUCUGGGUUUUAGGAGCGACUGCCUCAGGAUUUUUUCUUUACAGUAUCAUCAUUUCAGCUGUUCUUGUGGGCAAAGCGAUAAAGAGAAGACGAUGUCUCACUACUGGUGUCUAUGUGAAAAUGCCUUCUGACAAGCUAGACAAAAAAGUAAUUCCAUUCCACAUCACUGUUAACUGA